UCUUACAAUUAUCUAGCUUUGUUGGGUCUGCGCGUUAACUGUUUGAUAUUUUGCCAACAUGCGAAAUUUGGCCUAGCACAGCACUUGGGUAUGCUGUGAACGAAGGGCAAUGCCCUUCUUUCUAACAGAAUGAGAGAGAGAGAGAGAGAGUUGAAAACCGAGAAAGAGACAAGCUGGGAAAAGAGACGAUUGAGAGAGAAUCGCGUGAGGGGUCCAGUCCUACCCGUCUCCCGUCCUGCGCUGCCGUGGAGCCACCGGCGUGUUAUGGGUGGUAGUCUGCCUUGUGACCCACCGGAAUCACCGUGUGUGGCUUGAAGAUGGCGAUUUGAGGCUUACGCAUCAAGGGUAAGUUAUGUGCGAAUGUUGAGACACCAUGACUGUGAGAUGGCCGAGGCUUUUGACACCCACACAACUUUCUCAGAUUAUACGGAACCAGAAAAACCCCUUAACAGCGCUCCAAAUCUUCAAGGAAGCCAAACGCAAGUACCCCACAUACUGUCACAAUGGUCCAGUCUAUGCCACCAUGAUUGGCAUCCUCGGAAACGCAGGCAAAAUCAGUGAGAUGAAAGAGGUGAUUGAUAAAAUGAAAGAAGACUCGUGUGAGUGCAAGGAUUCAGUCUUUGCUAAUGCAAUAAAAACCUAUGCGAAAGCUGGAUUGCUAGAUGAAGCGGUUUCUCUUUUUAAAAGCAUUCCUCAGUUCAACUGCAUGAAUAAGACAAAUUCUUUCAACACCCUUCUGCAGAUAAUGGUGAAUGAAACUAACCUUGAAGCUGCUCACCGCUUGUUCUUAGAGAGCUCUUAUGGGUGGGAAGUGAAGUCUCGGAUUCAGUCCUUGAACUUGCUCAUGGAUGCUCUAUGCAGGCAGAGUCGUUCUGAUCUUGCAUUGCAUAUUUUCCUAGAGAUGAAUAAUCAAGGUUGCUGUCCUAAUAGGGAAAGCCAUCGAAUUCUAAUGAAAGGGUUGUGUGAAGAUGGGAGGCUGAAUGAUGCUACUCAUUUGUUGUAUUCAAUGUUUUGGAGGAUCUCUCAAAAAGGUAGCGGUGAGGAUAUUGUAAUCUACAGAAUCUUGUUAGAUGCUUUAUGUGAUGAUGGGCAAGUUGAAAGGGCUGUGGAAAUUCUCAGUAAGAUUUUAAGGAAGGGGCUGAAGGCUCCUAGCCGGUUUUGUCACCAUCUUGAUCUCAAUCGGUGUAGUACUGGUGAAGAUAUGGAAGGCGCCAAGCGUUUGAUUAAUGAAGCUUUGGUCAGAGGUGGGAUUCCCAGUUUGGCUAGUUAUAGUGCUAUGGCUAUUGAUCUUUACAAUGAAGGUAAGAUUGAUGAGGCCAACAAAGUGCUUACUGAAAUGCAAGAAAGAGGCUUUAGGCCAUCAUACUUGAUUUAUGAAGCAAAAGUAGGAGCAUUAUGUAGGGAAGGGAAUGCUGAUGAAGCAGUAAAGGUAAUUGAAGAGGAAAUGGUCAAGGGUAAUUGUGUACCCAAUGCUAAAGUUUAUAAUAUUGUCCUAAGAGGACUGUGUAAUGAAAGGAAAUCAGCCCAUGCUGUUAGGUAUUUGAAGAAUAUGGCUAACCAGGUUGGUUGCAUUGCAGACAAGGAAACCUAUGGCAUUUUAGUUGAUGGGCUAUGUCGUGAAAGAAGAUAUCUUGAAGCAAGUAAAGUUUUGGAGAAGAUGUUAAUUAAAUCAUAUUGGCCUUGUGCUGACACUUACAAUAUACUUAUCAGAGGUCUUUGCUCUGUGGGCAGGCAAUACGAAGCUGUUAUGUGGUUGGAGGAGAUGAUUAGCCAGGGUAUGCAGCCAGAACUUUGUGUAUGGAACUCGUUGGUAGCAACUAUAUGCUCCAACAUGGCUGACAUUGAUCUGUGCUUUGAGAGAUUUAAUUAGCUUAUCACUUCUUGGUUGUUCAUGUUGUAGUAGUUAUGACGGUGGAAACAUUUGUACUCAUAUUAUUCUUCCUUUUCAAUUGGUCUAAAAAGUUGUAAUUAGGUUCUUCUUUUCGUGA